AUGAUAUGCCUCAUCAAUGGCUGUUCCUUCCUCCCUCAAAAUUUCUUCACUCUUCAACAAACACCAGCAAUUCUAGAGAGAGAAAGUAAGAGUAAAGAGAAUCAAAGACUUCUCAGUUCUCUCUCUCUGUUUCAGAUCUCUUUAAUAAGUGGAAAGACUUUCGUAAACGGUUCAAAUGAGCAAGAACAAGGAGAAGGGGAGGUAGGGGUAGAUCAGUCAAUGUCUGGCUUCAAGAACUUUCUUUGGCAUGGUGGCUCUGUUUAUGAUGCUUGGUUCAGUUGUGCUUCAAACCAGGUAGCACAAGUGCUGUUGACACUCCCAUACUCUUUCUCUCAAUUGGGUAUGCUUUCAGGAGUCAUAUUUCAAGUCUUUUAUGGACUCCUUGGAAGCUGGACUGCUUAUCUCAUCAGUGUUCUCUAUGUCGAGUAUAGAGCCAGAAAGGAGAAAGAGAAUGUCAGCUUCAAGAACCAUGUUAUUCAGUGGUUUGAAGUGCUCGAUGGUCUGUUGGGCCCACAAUGGAAAGCUGUAGGAUUAGCCUUCAACUGCACCUUUCUUCUCUUUGGCUCCGUCAUUCAGCUUAUAGCAUGCGCAAGCAAUAUAUACUACAUAAAUGAUCAUUUGGAUAAGAGGACAUGGACCUACAUAUUUGGAGCUUGUUGUGCUACCACUGUCUUCAUACCCUCUUUCCACAACUACAGAAUUUGGUCUUUUCUAGGGCUUGGCAUGACAACCUACACUGCUUGGUACUUAACCAUUGCAGCCGUGAUCCAUGGCCAGGUUGAUGAAGUGGUUCAUUCCGGUCCUAAGAAGCUGGUUUUGUACUUCACGGGAGCGACAAACAUACUCUACACUUUCGGUGGACAUGCCGUCACAGUUGAAAUAAUGCACGCCAUGUGGAAGCCACAAAAAUUCAAGUACAUAUAUCUGUUUGCUACAUUAUAUGUAUUCACACUAACACUCCCGUCAGCCACCGCGAUGUACUGGGCCUUUGGUGACCAACUUUUAAACCACUCCAACGCCUUUUCUCUUCUCCCAAGAAACGGUUUCCGUGAUGCUGCCGUUAUCCUCAUGCUCAUCCAUCAGUUUAUAACAUUUGGUUUUGCAUGCACGCCGUUGUAUUUUGUAUGGGAGAAAGUGGUAGGGAUGCAUGAUACAAAGAGCAUAUGUUUACGUGCAUUGGCAAGGUUACCUGUUGUGAUUCCGAUUUGGUUCCUAGCGAUUAUAUUCCCGUUUUUUGGCCCAAUCAAUUCGGCUGUUGGGGCUCUGUUGGUUAGCUUCACUGUCUACAUCAUCCCGGCUCUUGCUCACAUGCUCACUUACAGAAAGGCUUCGGCUCGCCAGAAUGCGGCAGAGAAGCCUCCAUUCUUUUUGCCAAGCUGGACAGCGAUGUACAUAGUGAACAUAUUUAUCGUGGUGUGGGUUCUUGUGGUUGGGUUUGGAUUUGGAGGAUGGGCGAGCAUGACAAACUUCAUCAAACAAGUGGAUACAUUCGGUCUAUUUGCAAAGUGUUAUCAAUGCAAGCCUCCUCCACCACCACCACAUACUCAUUGAGUUUUAACGGUUUUUGUCAUUGGUUGUUUUUCGUUGACAUGGUGUUGGUUUUAGUCUAGUGGUAAUAUAUAAGAUGUAGUGUGUAAAAUGGUUGAUGAAUUUACUCAUGGUUAGAAUAUAGCAAAGGUUUGAUUUUACUUUAUUGUUGUGACAUUUUUAUGAAUAUAUCGACUUGGAGUCGUU